GUCCGGUCGAAGAUGGAGGUCCCCGCCUCCGGCUUCUGGAGCGACUUUCUGCUUCGCCUCAGGCCGCCGGGCGCGCGCCUCUCCCGGGCACGAGCCCCGGAGCUCAGCCCGGGCGGCUGCCCCCCGACUCGUCCUGCGCCGGGGAGAGAGCCUGGUCCCCGGUUGAGGUGCGCGCUGCCGCCCGGUCUCCUCCAGCCGCGCGCAGCCAGCUCCUCGUUCCGCAUCCGGGACAUCUUAGCGGACUGCCUGCCAGACCCGGACCUGGUCGACUCGGACCCGGGUCAGCCUGAGCUGGAGUCGACCCGGUCCAGACCGGAAGAAGACUUUAAGGAUCUAAGUGUGAGCGGCUCUGACAGUGAAACCAAAGUGGGCGGGGCCUCAGAACGUCUGAAAAAAGCUCGUAAAGCUCGGACUGCGUUCAGCGACAAGCAGCUGGCGAGGCUCGAGAGAAGCUUCCAGAAACAGAAGUACCUGAAUGUCCAGGACCGCAUGGAGCUGGCUGCUUCACUGCAGCUGAGCGACACCCAGGUCAAGACCUGGUACCAGAACCGGAGAACGAAGUGGAAGCGUCAGUCUGCUGGUUUGGAGCUGCUGGCUGAAGCCGGCAGGAUGUUCCUGCCCACGCACUUCCUGUUCCCUCAGACCACGCCCACACCCAACCUGUACCUGUACCAAAGCCCCCCCCUCCCGACACCCAGUCCUGCUGCCUUGAGUCCAGACCCCCACCGGACCACAUCCCCGCUGAAGAGACUUUUAUUUAGGUUUGGCUAGAGGGACUGGUCCCCUGGAACUAAACAUGGACCCUGGUCAGGAGUUGAUACUCAGUCCAAGAGCAGGUUCCGUGAAGAACUGGAGGAUUUAAAGAGGUUUUCUGGCUGGACGAACUGACCAGUUAGAUCCAGAAGACAACAAGUUCAGUUUUUUCCAUUUUCCAUAAAUAUGCAGAUAAUG